AUUUGGGGAUCAUCAUUUGAUGGCAUCGGCGGAGGAGGAGAACGAGCAACGGGGAAUGGAUUCUCUGUUUGAGGGCAUGACCCUUUUUAACCCUGCCCAAAUCGCAGACAAUGAACAUCAUCUUCAUCCAAUUCCACUUCCUCCCGAUGCUUCUACUUCAACAUCAUCCUCACCACUUCCAUUCGCCGAAACUGUCGAGGAGAAUCUCUUCUCCGAUCUCACGCUCAUCACUUCCUCCCAAACCCUAGCAGAAGGCCCACAACCACAACCCCAUGACUCCCAUUCCUCACUCAUCCAGAAUCCUACCACGAUGGCCGCGACUACCACUGCAGCAGCAGCAGCAGCAACAGCAACAGCAACAUCAGAUGUUCCCUCCAUUUCUCGACAGAUUUCAAGGAAGAAAAGGAGACCUGGUAUAAGGAUUGGAUACGGUAGAGACACCACCGCUGCUGCCGCCUUACUCCCUAAUGAUCAUUCACUCCCUGAUGAUCAUCCACCUUCUCUCGCGGCAUCAGCGAUAACCGUUGAAUUCUUAGAUGACACUCUCCAAGACAGAGAUUGUUCUCUAGCUAGCGUGGAUCGCGAUGCAUUGCCCAACUAUGAUCUUCAAGACAAAGACUGUUCUCAGGCUAGUUUUGAUCGGGAUGCCUUGCCUAACCAUGAUCUUGUGUCAGAUUCAACACCGCUUACAGCCGAUGAACAACAAAAUGAAGAACCAAAGGCAAGUGCUCCCACCGAGAUGAAAUUUGAGCAUAUUAAGGCACAGAUUUACGAGAAGCUGAAGCAAGCCCGGGACAUGGCAGCUUCUGUUUCGCUGAAGAGGAAGGAUUGUUCACGGAGGAAGAGAAAAGCUGCCGAGAAUUUAAAUUUAGCAUCCCUAAAGUACAGAGAACUUGAGAAGAAACUGGAGGAUGCCUGCGAGGCUGAAGAUUUUGAGACGGCAGAAAAGUUGAGCGAGGGCCUCGCAGCUGCUGAGAAGGAGAAACAAGCUUUGCUAAAUGCAGUGAGAGAUGCAGAAGCAGAUUCGAAUGCUAUUGAUUCGAAUAUGCAGAAGGCUCUGGAAUGCCAGAUUGGUGCGGAGGAGGAGUGUGCUUCUUUGUUGGAAAACUUCGCAUUGGAUGCAGCAAAAGAUGCGGAUUUAAUCUUGAAAGAAGCAGAAACAGUGUCUUCAAGAGGAUUAGACAAAUGGCUUUCAUCAACUGAAGCCGUGGAGCUCAAGAAGAUGGAAUUGGAAAUUGAAUCACAAUUAAUAAAUGAAGCACGCUCAGUAUUGAAUGAUUCCAUUGAGCAUUCAAUCAAGGAUGACAGGAGAAAGACAGAAUAUCUUCUUAAGAAAAAAGAUACACUGACAGAUGAAUUGAACAAAUUACUUGCUUUAGUGAAAGAGAAGGAAGAGGAGAUAGCUCAAAAUGAUUCUAACAUUAAAGCUGUUGAGAAUAGGAUUGUGGAUGUUCUCUCUGGAUUUCAGGGGACACAGUUGAGCAUUGAUGCAGAGUAUGAUAAGUUGCAAUCAUGCCUUUCUCAGAUGGAGCUGGAGAGUGUCUCUUUGUUAAUGAAAAAGAGUGAGAUUGAUGACUUGCUUUCUAAGGAAGAAGAUAGAAGGGCAAUGCUUAGGGAACUUGCCAGGGUUUCUGCAGAUGAAGCAAAAGAAUACCAAGAAGUUGUUGAGCUAAGGAGGAGUCUUCUUUUAUCUAUUCUGAAGUCGAGGGAGGAUAAUGUGAGGCUUUUGAAAACUGAGGAGAGGCUUUCCGAGGAUGUUCAACUGCUCAGACAGGAGGUUUCUGCUGAAAGAUCUUCUCUACAGGAACUAUCAUCAACAAAGUCAAGCAUUCAGCAAGAAAUCGCGUCUGUCAAGCAUAGAAUUUUCUUCAUUGAUAAAAGAGUUCCAGAGCUGGAAGCAGAGAAGAAAGUUGCUGCUGCUGCAAGAAACUUCAAAGAAGCAGCACGGAUAUCUGCAGAGGCGAAGACAUUGUGUGUUGAAAAAGAAGGUGUGCUGAGUAAAAUGGAAGGAGCCACAUCUGAGCUUGCGAAGCUAGAGGAAAACAUUAGAGACACUAUUAGCAGACUGCAGAAAACUGAAGGAUUGAUUUCAUCAAAGGAAAAGGAGGUGGCAAUGGCUAGAUUCCAGAGGCUACGAUUAAUUGCUGGUGCUGCUUCCUCUGAAAGAUCUGCUGCUUUUGAUUUGGGUGACCUGGAAGAAGCUAAUCUUCUCCUUGCAGAGGCUGAAGCAGCAGAAUAUGAAGGAAAGAAACUUCAGGCGAUUUGGAGUUUUGAGGAGGAGUUUACCAAUCUGCCAAAGCUCUUUCUGUCCAUGGAUCUUGUAUCCAAUCUUGGCCGGAAACAGCUAGCAGAAUUGGCAGCAUCUGUUCAUCAUUCUGCAUACUGAACAAUUGUUAUUAUUUGUUUGUUUGUUUUGAUUUUUGGGCAAGGCUUGAAUCUCACUAUCAGAGUGAAGGGUUUGAGAAUAAUCAGCUGUCAAAGAACAAAGAGGAUUUUAAUUAUUGGUACCAUGAGAAGCAGCGAAACCUAUGGCAGAUCAUCAAUAUGAAACCAGCACGCUGAAUUGCGUUGUAUAGCUAGGCGACUUGACAGUUGACACUACGUUUGAUUGCUAAAACUGCGCAAGUAGGAAUUGAUGUGCCAAUAGACUUAUUUUACGAUUGGAUAUACAUGUAAAUUCAUUACUGGAAUGAAAGAAAAAUAAGUCGCCUUUUGAAGUC